AUGUCUCGCGCUAUUGGUAUAGAUUUGAGAACGACGUAUUCAUGCGUCGGUGUAUUUCAACAUGGUAAAGUUGAAAUCAUUGCUAAUGAUCAAGGUAACAGAACAACACCGUCUUAUGUUGCAUUUACGGAUAGUGAACGUUUAAUUGGUGAUGCAGCUAAAAAUCAAGUAGCUAUGAAUCCUAAUAAUACAAUAUUUAAUGCUAAACGACUUAUUGGUCGUAAAUUUGAUGAUUCAACUGUACAAUCAGAUAUGAAACAGUGGUCAUUUAAAGUAAUUAAUGAUAGUGGAAAACCAAAAAUUCAAGUUCAAUAUAAAAAUGAAACAAAAUUAUUUACACCAGAAGAAAUUUCAUCGAUGGUUUUAACUAAUAUGCAAGAAGCUGCUGAAGAUUACCUUGGUAAAAAAAGUUCAAGAUGCUGUUGUUACUGUUCCAGCCUAUUUUAA